CGUCAGACCAGACACUGGAUACAGACAACAACAGUGACAGAUCGAGACCGCAUUUCUGUUUGCAUUCAGUUAUGGGUGUAGUCUGAGAGGUAGAUACAGUAGCGUGCCGUAACUUACCUCGAAGUUUUAUCCUCAUGAAGGAGCUCCGUCCUGGCUGAGUUUGGGAGAUGGGAGUACUUAACAUUGCAGACCAGCCUCCUCUGGUCCAGGCCAUCUUCAAUCGUAAUGCUGAAGAAGUUCAACUAUUAUUGCACAAAAAGGAGGAUGUCAAUGCACUGGACCAAGAGCGCCGUACACCACUUCAUGCUGCUGCCUGUGUGGGUGAUGUCCAUAUAAUGGACCUCCUCAUUGAAUCAGGUGCCAGCGUAAACGCUAAAGACCACAUAUGGUUGACCCCUUUGCACAGGGCGGCUGCUUCCAGAAAUGAGAGGGCAGUGGGUCUGCUGCUAAGGCGUGGAGCUGAGGCAAAUGCACGAGACAAGUCCUGGCAGACGCCACUUCAUGUGGCUGCCGCCAACCGUGCCACGCGCUGCGCGGAGACCCUGCUGUCCCAGCUGAGCAACCUGAACAUGGCGGAUCGCACCGGCCGAACUGCCUUGCACCAUGCAGCUCAGAGUGGGUUCCAGGAGAUGGUGAAGCUGCUGCUUAACAAAGGGGCCAACCUGAGUGCCAUUGAUAAGAAGGAGAGACAGCCUAUCCAUUGUGCUGCCUAUUUGGGGCAUUUGGAGGUAGUGAAGUUGCUGGUGUCUCGCAGUGCCGACAAGAGCUGCAAAGAUAAGCUGGGUUACACACCUCUCCACGCUGCUGCUGCAAGUGGUCACAUCGAAAUUGUAAAGUACCUACUGAGGAUGGGAGCAGAGAUUGAUGAGCCCAACGGUUUUGGAAACACUGCGCUUCAUGUAGCUUGCUACAUGGGGCAGGAGGCUGUGGCUACAGAGCUGGUGAACCAUGGAGCUAAUGUUAACCAGCCCAACAAGUGUGGCUACACCCCUCUGCAUUUGGCUGCCGUCUCCACCAACGGUGCCCUCUGUCUGGAGUUGCUGGUCAACAAUGGGGCAGAUGUCAACCAGCAGAGCAAAGAAGGGAAGAGCCCCUUGCACAUGGCAGCCAUUCACGGACGCUUCACACGCUCUCAGAUCCUCAUCCAAAAUGGUGGGGAUAUUGAUUGUGUGGAUAAGUAUGGCAAUACCCCUCUCCACGUUGCUGCUAAGUAUGGCCAUGAACUGCUGAUCAGCACUCUGAUGACCAACGGAGCAGACACGGCCAGGCGUGGGAUCCAUGGAAUGUUCCCCUUGCACUUAGCUGUGCUGUACGGGUUUUCAGACUGUUGUCGCAAGUUACUCUCCUCAGGUCAGCUGUAUAGUAUUGUUUCAUCUAUGAGUAAAGAGCACGUACUAUCGGCUGGGUUUGACAUAAACACCCCCGACAACUUUGGGAGGACCUGUCUACACGCUGCUGCCUCUGGAGGAAAUGUUGAAUGUCUGAAUUUACUCUUAAGUAGCGGUACCGACUUGAAUAAGAGGGACAUAAUGGGAAGGACACCGUUGCACUAUGCGGCUGCUAAUGGGAGGUACCAGUGCACUGUGACCCUGGUUAGCGCUGGCGCUGAGGUCAACGAGCCUGACCAGACAGGCUGUACUCCCCUGCACUACUCUGCUGCCUCCCAAGCCUUCAGCAGAGUUGAUCGUCAUUUUUCUGGAAACCAUCAGGAUGACGAGGAUGAAGCGAAGGAGUCGUACUUCUGCUUGGAGCAUCUUUUGGACAAUGGUGCUGAUCCUUCAAUGGUCAACUCCAAAGGUUACAGUGCAGUUCACUAUGCAGCUUACCAUGGCAACAAACAGAACCUGGAGCUGCUCCUGGAGAUGUCCUUCAAUGCACUAGGAGACAUAGAGAGCAGUAUUCCAGUGAGUCCCCUGCAUCUUGCUGCUGAUAAGGGCCACUGGCAGGCCCUGCGUGUGCUCACAGAGACUGCGGCCUACGUGGACAUGCAGGAUGCUGCGGGCCGUUCUGUACUCUACUUGGCUGCGCAGAAAGGCUACACACGUUGUGUGGAGGUGCUUUUGGCUCAGGGGGCAUCUUGUCUCCUCAAUGACAACCGUCUCAUGUGGACUCCAAUUCAUGUUGCAGCUGCCAACGGUCACUCAGACUGCCUGCGAAUGAUGAUUGAUUAUGGAGAGGAGGGGGAUCUAAUCAAUGUGACAGACAAGUUUGGCCAGACUCCUUUAAUGCUGGCUGCACUGGGAGGUCACACUGACUGUGUCCACUUCCUGCUGGAGAAAGGUGCCUCGCCAGAUGCUAAGGACAAGAGGGGCAGCACAGCUUUGCACAGAGCGGCAGUGUUGGGCCAUGAUGAGUGUGUGACAGCCCUGCUGGAGCACAAGGCUUCUGCUUUAUGUCGGGACACCCAGGGUAGGACACCGCUACACUAUGCUGCCUCCAGAGGCCACACAGAGAUACUGGCCAGUCUGGUGCAGGCCGCCGUGGCAACAGACCCACAAGAUAAAUUGCUGGACAACAAACAAUACACCCCAUUACACUGGGCUGCUUACAAAGGGCAUGAAGACUGUUUGGAGGUUUUACUUGAAUUUAAAACAUUUAUCCAUGAAGAGGGAAACCCUUUCACCCCCCUGCACUGUGCUCUGAUGAAUGGCCACAGCGGUGCUGCAGAGAGGCUGCUGGAAUCCGCCGGGGUCCACAUGAUUAACACCAGAGACGCCAAAGGAAGGACCCCACUGCAUGCUGCUGCAUUUGCAGAGGAUGUUGCGGGACUUCAGCUGGUGCUUCGCCAUGGGGCAGAGAUCAAUGCAGUGGACAAAAGUGGAUGCUCUGCUCUAAUGGUAGCUGCUGACAAGGGCCACAGUGGCUCUGUGGCCAUCCUCCUUCACCGGGCCAAGGCUGAUCUGACACUGCUGGAUGACAACAGGAACACUGCCCUGCACUUGGCCUGCAGCAAGGCCCAUGAGAUGUGUGCUCUGCUGAUUCUGGGCGAGAUUCACAGUCCCACUCUUAUAAAUGCCACCAAUAGUGCUCUGCAAAUGCCCCUCCACCUUGCAGCACGAAAUGGCCUGGCGACGGUGGUGCAGGCGCUGUUGAGCAGGGGAGCCACGGUGCUGGCUGUGGAUGAGGAAGGCCACACCCCUGCUCUGGCCUGUGCUCCCAACAAGGACGUGGCAGACUGCCUGGCUCUGAUCCUUUCUACCAUGAAGCCUUUCCCCCCGCGGGACCCUUCCUCCUGCUCCUGCUCCUCUCCCACGGUCUCCCCCUCCCCGGGUCUCAACUUGCUGAAGCACUGCGGAAUCACCGCCGCCUGCUCCCCCCUGCCCAGCAAUGGCCUCCACAAUGGCUACGUCAAAGACCGCCACGGUGCACCAGUUGGCCUGGACGGGUGUCUGUCUGAGUGAGGUCUCGUGGCCCUCCACCUCAGUCAGCUGCUAUCACCAUCAUCACCACCAGGGGGUGACUACCUUUAACUUGGUCGAGAGGACCAGGAGAGCACCCACCCAUGUGUCUGUUUUCUCUGUAUGUACGUGUUUGUGCGUCUGUGUGAGCGUGUGCAUUUGGUCUUUUCUUGAGGUGCAGUCAAACCUAAUAUGCAAUUAGAUCCUAUUCCUCCAUCUCCUAGUAGUGCUUAAUACAUAGAGGCAGAUUGCUCUACAAGGUCACUCAGACGAGGCGAGGCAUUCAGAAUAAUUACUAGCAAUCUGGCCAUCACUAAAUCAUGUAACCCUUUAAAACCAUGCUGACGUAGUUAUAUAACCAACAUUUAAGAGCAUGGAUGUGUCUGUAUCAACCAUCUUUUUCUUCAUAUCAUUCAGCAGAGAAGUCAUAUCAUGUUUAAUCACUUGUGGUGACCUUGUAGAGGAACAUCCAGCCUUCCCGAAAGAAUGAUCAAAGAGUUUUUUUUUUUUUUUUUGAGAAUUUUUGUUUGUUCUUUUUACAUUUUUUGUCUGUUAGCCUAGAUUUUUAUGAAGGAACCACACAAGGGAAAAAUCUAAAUUUUCGGUUAAGAGUGCAAUGCUUUUUGUACUACAGUACAAUCUGAAAUUUGGAAAAGGGUGACAAAGACGUUAAUGCUAUAGUGUACUUUAAAUGUACGGCCUAGAAUUGUUUGACAUUUUAAGAUAAUUUGGUAAUGCUGCUGAAUUCAUUAGCAUGUCUCCUUCCAAAGGAGAGCGGGUCAGCAAUGUAACAUCCUCACGUUCUUAAUGUUGACCACAUUUUUUAAAUAUGCUAAAUAAGUGUUUAAGCUAGAAUGUUUCUAAGCAUAUAAGUUAUGACCAAAGUUGAUCAACACUACUAUGGCUAUAAAUUAUUUAUUUGAGAUGAACUGUACUGUAUAGAGAAAGACAAUAGAUCUCGAUAUACCUCGUCAACUCGUUUAGCAGCUGCUUCAUCUUCACCCAGGGUCCGUAGGCCUAAUGUUCUCUUUUUGUAGGACUGGAGAACUACUGUAGGAUAUAGUGACUGACUGAGGCCUUGUUUAUUUCUAGAUGAAGGCUUUACUAGUAAUAUCUGCCAACAACACCUCAUCAAAGCAUCAUAUAUCUGAGCACAUAAAUGAACAAGCCAUUUCAAUUUAUUUCCCAUCUCUUUAACAGUGUUUUUUUUUUUUUGUUUUGUUUUGUUUUUGGAAAAGAUUUCAGAAUUUGAAUGGCCUGAUUAUUGAAAGAGAGCAGUUAGUUUUUGUUAUUUCAAGGCACUAAAGACAUUUUUGUUCUUUUAUUCCUUUUUUUUGGUUGGCCAUUAGCAUUGUGGAUUUACGCUCUCAUUAAAGGAGUAUUUCUCGGAGCUGGUGAACUCGUCUUAAGAAUUUAACAGUUUAUAAACGCAGCUUUUUCGUGGUGAACUCUGAUUAGUUUGGACAGAUGGAGUAUUGUCUGCUAUUUUUAUUGGGCAGUUUUCAAGCAAUAUUUUCUUUUGGCCUUUUUUUGUUGAGCGUUAUUGAAUAGACAAUCACUGUCACAAGGGCUUUUGUUUCCCCAGAAUGUGUUUGAUUUUUCUUCUUUCUUUUUCUUUUCCAUGUUUUUUUUUUUUUUUUAUUAUUAUUAUUUCAUGAAAACCUUACCUAAAGACUAAACGAAUGGCUCUGUGCGUGCCAGGCAUUUUACUGUCAGUGUCAACACAAAUGCACUGGAUUGCCUUUGUGGCAUCUCAUGAAAUGCCUUUUGAUCCAUGCCUUCUAUAACGCAUCAUUUUUCAGUUGGAUUGCUUAAUAGCAGAGUCUGAUAAGCCCUAAGACUAACUGUAUGUUUCCACCCAAUUGAUAAUAUUUAACUACACUUGCACCACUGUAUCUAGUGGGUAAGAAAAGAAAUAUAUUGCCCGGCUUAUUUUGACGUUUCGGCUUUACAGGUGACCAGGGAGUCCAUAUCCCUAAAAGAAUUUAAUAGGGCUAUGAAGAGAAGGAGCGGGAUCUUUGCUUAGGCCAAUACCUGUUUAGAUUUCAGGAAAAGCAGAAAUCCAAAUAUGUGCUUUUUGGUGUUCAUUUAAUUGUCUCCUCAUCCCAUUUUCUGGUACUAAGUAUACUAAAAAUGAUUGUAUCGGACCACUAGAGCUGUUUGUGACCUUUAGAUGUUAUAUCUAUGCUAUUUAGUUGUAUCUUUAAAACAAACACACAAAAAAACAACAAAAAAAAAAAAACAGAAAACCAUCUAAAGGUGGUUUUAUUACACUGAGUCAGAUUGUUUUCAUUGGCAUGAUAACUUCAUAUCCACUGGUAAUGAAGUGGCACAAUUGCACAUGUUAGUUGACUGGAUGAGGACCUAGACGAGGGUGUGUUAAGUACUCCUUACAAAUAGGUUAUCACAAUAGUGUGUUAAAUUUAGUUUUCUCAACCUUCCCAUGAGUUAGUGAUGUAGAUUUAUGAGUUUAUAAAGAUUUGGCAUUUUGUUCAACUUCCAUAACUGACUGAAAUGAGAUGGAACUAAUUGGUAACCCCAGCCUUUCUUAUCUUGAGCUAGUUUCAUUAGAACAGUAGUAAUAUUAACAGCGGAGAUAGUUGCAUCCUUUAUUCUAUUUUUUUGUAAUCUCAGGAUCUGCGCGGAAGCAGCAGGUAGAAUUUAUGAAUCCAAUCAGACCUCCGCAGGAUGAUAACGUCUACUCUUUUUUUUAUGGGAUGUUCCUUUUUAACCCUAAUCCCACAGCACUUAAUUAGUCAAGCACGCACUUUAGUGCAUUCAGGUUCUAAGUGUGCAAAAUCGAGCAGAUGAAAUGUAUGUACUUAUGUUUACAUGCAUGUGUGUUGCUGCUAAACAAGAAAGUAGAGUUUGUAAAAGACAAGCAAAGGCAACAUAAUUGUACUCCAACAAUGCAUUAUUGAAACUUAAAAAAAAGAAAAGGAUUAAAAAAAAAGUGUUUCUAAGCACUAUGGGACAGUAUCACUGCCCAAUGACUUGUUUGUAUUAUCUGUUUUUGGGCAGGCGGCCCAGCAAAGAGGCCAGGUCUUGUUACCCAGCAUCCUGUUAACGAGAUAAACUCUGGCCUAAGUCACAUGAAGUCAGUCCAUUGAUUUAACAGACACCUCAGGCAGGCUCCUCCAAGUACUCCAUUCUCCUUCUGCCAUCUGUAGGUGCUGUCAAGCCACCCUGUUAAGACAGGGAUGUUUUUUUCUUCUUGUGAUGUCCUUGUCUGUCCAGUAAAUGGAGCCAUUGCCACUUGCAAUGAUACAUGAUUUAACUAAAUAUUUUUGUUGCAUCACAGUAUUCUUAUACAUGCUUUUCUCAUUUGUGUGUACCAGUGAUACCUGUGAUUGUGCAUAGAGUUACAUCACAAUUGUGAUAUAGCUGCAAUGAAACAGAGCAUAUACAAUAUACUUGGAGUCAAGAGAUGGAAAGCAAUGAAAGGUCCAAUUGUAGCAAUAGCGCGUGUGUGUAAUAGUGUGCAGCACAAAUAUUGCACUGCCAUCCAUUUAGGCCAAUUCAGAAAAUCGCAGCAUAAAUGCCAAUGGAAGAUUCAAAUGCGGGUUAGAUGUCAUAAACUUUGGUCACAAAUAAGGCCUGUUUGCCAAAAUGUGUUGAGAGAGGAAAUCCCUCUUGGUAAAGCAGCAAAGGAUUUAUGCAUAUGUUCAAGCAGUUUACAGUCUGACCAUCAAAUCUGAGCCAUGCAUUUUCUGACUGAAAUGAAUGUAGGGUCAGUUUAGAGCAGGAUGAUUUGCUUUCUCCCGGCUUUGAACUGUUGCUCUUCAUUUGUCUUGCAUAGAUAUGAUUAUACAGGUAGCAUGUAGUAAAAUAACUCAUUAUUAUUAUAUUGUAUAUGUAGUAGUCUUCCUGCAUUGAAGGUCUGGAUAUGUUUAGGUCUCCCCUGCCCCCUCUCUGUCUUUUAUUCAUUUUUUUCUUAUUUUGGCAUGAUUGCUAAUGUUAUAGACCUACUGUUGUGAAAUGUCACCACUUUCUCUUAUACAUGCAUACACACAGUCGUGUAGAGUAAAGCUUACAAGGUAAACGGAGGGCAAGAGUUCAGAUGAAUUUAACAUUCAUGAUCAUCCAUUCCAUUGAGAUUGCCUUACAGUACAGUAAAACGAGACAAAAAGGUCUACAGUAGAUAAAAUCACACAUAAUAUUAAAUAGCCUAUAUUUGACAAAAUGCACCUAAGCUACACCCAUUUAGUGCCAUAGAAACCUUGAUUUGCCUUUAGACAUGAAUCAUAUUUACUUGUUCAGUAACAUAUUCAGACGUAGGCAGGAUUAUUACAGUUUUAUGUUUGGAGCCGCAUGUCACCAAUUGUAUUAGAAAAAACAAUAUAUAUACACAUUUGCAUGGUAUAUUAGUACUUUAAUGCGAGUAUUCUGUUAAUUUUUGGUGUUUGUAGAAUUCUAUUUUAUAAUUGGGCAUUUUUGAAGAAUAUAGGUAGUCCCUUUGGUAUUGGCAAAGCAAUCCAUAGAUGAAUAAUAACGUGUGUGUGUGCGUGCGUGUGUUACAAAGGAAGAAAAACAUUUUUGAUGUCCCAAAAAGAAAAAAAAAAAAGCAUGGUAUAUACAAUAUGGAAUUGAUUUGCCUCAAUGGAUGUCUUGGUUCUUACUUGAAGUAAACGGCAAAUUUCAAUUCAACUCUGAUCCACUGUUGAGCCUUUUGCCUUAAAAGCUGAAACAGAAAAUGAUAACCUGGCUGAACCUAAUAAGUUACAUCACCUGUAGAGUUAUGCUACUUAGUUUGACUGCUAAAAAAACUAAAAAAAAAAAAAAAUGGUGGCUGCUUUUGGUCUUAUGGACAUCUCUGGGUGUCAAGAAGCACACACAUAAAGGAGGUAGCACAUAGCUCAAGGUUGCCAUGGUGCAGAGAUUGUUCAGAGAGGUUGGGAAAUCGCCAUAUUUUCAACUGUGAAUGAAUGAAUGAAUUCAAAAUUCACUUGUAAACAAUCAGUUAUGGCUUCUCUGUUAUCCAGAGCCAAAUGACACUGGGAAUGGAAGUGGUGUACCUCAAGGAAAUAUUCAGACAGGAGGGAUGCUUUUACAGCUAUGCUAACAAAGAGUUCAAAUCUAGUGAUCCAUCUUGUGGGUAGUGAAAUCCUGCUUAAACCAGCCUAAAUCAGAUGUUCUACGCGGAAGUGUCGGCAGAUGUCUCAUGUUUCCUACCUUACGAAGGCGCAGCCAUCUGCACCUUGUUCUUUUUAUUGGACCUGCAGUUUUACCUCAUCAGUGAUCUUUUGUGCGACGAUGCUGACAUUGAUCCUCUGUGAUUUGUUUUUUCUGAUGCCAGUCUUGUAGAUUACUCUCGCAGUAUGUGUGUGAGACUUUUUAACAUAUGCAUGUCAUGUCUUAACAUGCACAAACCUUUUUUUUUUUUUUCUUUUUUUAUAUAUAAAUUUUUUUUGGAACAAAAGAGCGUAGUUACCCUGUUUCAACAUUUCUCUUCAUUACAAUCAAGAAAUGAGUCUGUUAUCUGGUGUAAGCCACCAUAGUAAAGGGUACAGGGAAAUGAAAGUAGCUAUAAAACCUUACCUCUGAAAGUCAAAAUAAUACAAUUUUAUUGUAUGACUAAUGCGGAUUUGACCACCUUCCCUACCUGAAUGCUUGGUUAUUAUUCCCCCCCUACCACCAAAAGGAUCUGUGUAAUAUCAAGCACAGUGGUGGCAUGGUGCCUUUUAUUUGUUACUACCGAAAGGUACGGUCUUCCAUUUGUAUUUCCCAGAAGCCUUAUAAUGGGAAAAAGAAAUUACACUGAACAUACAUGACUGCAGUAGAUGGAAACAUACUCCCUCUGAGCAUUAUUUCAAUUCUGUGUGAUCUGAGUUAAAAGAGAAAAAGCCUAAACAACUCCUUCUACAUUAGUCUGUAUUUCACUAUAUGUUUCCAGUGCUCCCUUAGGGCAGUGGGAAGUGAUUGCACAUUGCUGAUGCGAUUUUUGGGCACAUCAAACAGUGAAUGAAUGGGGAUCGAUAGUUCGCAAGCACAAAUCCAAAGAAGGCACCUCGGGGCUCAUUGGGCUUUCCUGUUAAUAAGAAGCGAAGGAGCCUAUAGACCAAAUUGUAGGUGAAGAUGUGAGAAACCCAAUCUCACUCCUUUGUGCAGAAAACAUGAGGCUUGAUUGUCAGUAACACAUUAACUGUAGAGACCAUUGUCGGGAAUUACAGAGCUGCUUCUGAUUGUUUUUCUCAGCUCGUGGGUGUUCAUCUCCUGUUAGUAACUUUCCAGUGCAAACCGAGUUGUGAGAUGGUGCGGUAGCCGCAUUCAACAUCAAAUUUAGAUGAAUUGUUUGUUGUGACUGUGUUGCAAAUUGAUUGUGGCGAUUGUUUUGUGUUUAUUUAGGGUAGACUGACUACAAGUAGGAUUGCAGUAGUAGCUGUGUGCAGCGUUUUAAUAACAGUGUGAUCAUAUUAUAGAAGUGACGUAACAUUUGUUUUACUAUGACAUUAAGGCAUGAAUCUUUUGUCGAGCUGACCUCGUUUGAAAUAGAUAAAAGUGCAAUAACCUUUUGUUUAUCAUCGCUUCCUCAGUUGUAAGAGAAAUAAUUAAUAUGCCCUCUUUUUUUUUUUUCUUUUAAACACCAAAAGUCACUCACCUGUAGCAAAUGAAGGAUUUCAAGUGGUCCUCUUGUUUGUGUUCAGAAGUGGCAUUUGAUAGUGGAGUGUGUGCUAUUCCGUUCUUAAAACUGUGAUCAAAAUCGGAUUUAAAAGCUGCCUGCUCAGACACAGGACCGUGCACAAGUUGCUAGAUUUGAGUAGGUGCUUCUCUCUCUCCUUUUUUUCCCUCUCCCUCUUCGGAUGGACUUUGAUGGUAUUGUAGUUUGGACUUCUGGUUUCUUACCAGUAGACGCGUUUAUUUGCAUGUGUAGGUGUGUAUAUGCAUCCUCUCUUCCUCCUUGAAUGAAGUGUUUUCUCAAAAAUAUUUAGACCUGCUGUCAGUGAUUUAUAUGAGGAUAAAAGGAAAUAUAAAAUGCCUUAUAUUGUUUUCAAUGUUAAGCAUUAAGGGUCCUUUCAUGUCCCUCCCUUUCAGUGUGUAGCCUAAAGCUUGUACAGUUAAGAUAUUCAUGAGAUUUCUAUCUGCUGUAUAGCCUAUUUGUUUUCAGAGUUUGUUACUUUGAGGUCCUGUGAUUGUGGUUUUAGAGAAACAUUCCCCUUGAAAGUGCCGUUUGUUUUCACCAGCAGAUGAUGUUAAUGUGGGGGGAGAGUGCAUUUACACAAAGUAAAUCAAACGUUCAAAACACUUUCCAGUGUUUACUGUUUAACUGAAUGGAAAAAAAAAAGUAUUUGUGCAGGUGAAAUAAGGCAGCAGUCUUGUGAUGGAGCACCUUAUUGACUUGCCCCUUCUGUGAGCCCAUCAUGGAAGUAGUUUUUCACCAAGCUUGAUUACUCUAAAGCAGAGCCAUAUCAGAAUUUGCCCAUUAAGAACCCUCAUGAAUGUGCUAUUAGAAAUAGCUUCCUGUAGAAAAAAGGAUGUAUUCUGCAUGUUCUGUGAAAUUUUAGUAGCGUUAGUUCCUUCCAUGUUUUUAUGUUUAGUCCGCUUCACUGAAGAUGUUGCCACCUCAUUGCAACUCACAAGCUAUUUACAAUCUAUUCACAACUGGACUCAAAGCAGGCAUUAAGCCUUAAUUCAUUUCAAAUUUAAAAAAACAAUCUAUAUAUGAAAAAGGAAAAAAAAAUAGAUAGUGGGUCACCAGUUUUAGUUUGAGUGGCUUAUCUUGGGAAAUACAAAGGAGCCCUUAUCAUGAGUGGAAGGACUCUGAAUCAGGGCAUGUGAUGAGUUACAAUCAAAUAAUUUCACAGUGCACCUUCACAAAUAUAGUAAAAAAAAAAAAAGUUGGCUCGUCCAUCCCAACAUUCCAAAGUUGAUUUUAUUUUCCACAGUCCUGUCCCUCUGAAUGAGGAAACCUUUUUUUUGUUUUACUGGUGAAUGAAGUGGGCACGUGUGUCAAUGACAGGGUUCCCUAUUUAGCCUAACGCUGAUUACCUCAUUUACAAAUCUGCAAAUAUACUAUUCUACUGUGUUUAAAGGAGUCAACGCCAUCACCAGCAGCGUGGUCUUGCGACCUGUGAUGACAACAGGACCAAUAAAGUUACUCUGACAUUAGCCAAUUUUAGAAAAUGACCCGUCUGAGAAUAUAUUAAGACAUGAUUCAAAUUUUUUCUAAGGCCGGAUGGGCCUCUUAAGAUUUCUUCAGUUACUAAAAAACAGCUGCUAAUCCAGUCAGUAUUUGGAGCCAACAGAAAGCUGCAGAUACGGUCUUUGAGAUUUCAAAUAAAUAUCCCAACUUAUUUUCCAAAAUGAAAGUGAAAAUCUGCCGUUGUUGGUGUUAGAAAACAACUCCUCAGAUAUUGACUGCAGUAGCAGCUGUUGGCACUAGCAUGGUUCAGGAAGCCUUGUGUAUCAUAAAAUUAUUUAAGUAAAUGAUCAUGUUGACGUCCCUUGCUAUUUUUUUCCUCUUUUUUUCCCCCCCUUGUUUUUGUAGCAUUUCUCCUACCUCCUUGUUUGCAGCCUUGAAUAUCGUUUGUCUCUCCACCUGUUCUGACUUUGUAAAAAGUCUAUUCACAGUACGGGAAUACAGACUUAUCAUAAGCAAUUGUAGUUAUACAUAAAGUGUGCUUGGUUGUGCUGUAUGUGUAUAUGUCUACUUGACGUUGGGAAAAAAAAUUAUUUAUGAGAAGCAUUUAUAUAACAAAAUACCACUGGAAUGUGAAGCCAGACAAUGUUAUGAUGCAGAUUAUGAUGAUAGUCUCUCCCCUUUAACAUUCAGUGGUGAAUGGUCAGAUGAACCAUCUUUUAGAAAUUGAAUAACCAAGCAUUGGCCUUUUAUUUAUUUUUUUUUUUAACAAGAUAUUUCUUUGGUUUCCUCUUAUGCAUAUGCUUCCCUGUCUGUCCCUAUAGCAAAGAGUAAUUCAAGGUUUACGUUUCAUUUUGGAUCAGCCAAUGAUCGCCCUGCAGUUGUAAUGAUAUCACACGUCACAAGGAAGUAGACGGUGAGGUGGAUUUGCAGUUCUGUUUGAGGGCGAGUUAGAGCCCCUCAAGCUGUAUGCCUUUGAAUCCAUCUGUACACUCCGAACCAAAUUUUAGCUGCACAGGCAUCCGUCUUCACACUGCCCUGACAUUUUACAUUGGGUUUGACUACAAGGGGUACAGGACAAGGUGAAAGGUUUGAGGUUUUCUGACCUAGCCCACCCUUCCCCAACCACAACCCUCACCCACUCAUGCCAACUCCAAGACAGGACCAGCCCCACUUCUGUCACCCACGCCACUUGUCUCACCUAAAUCUAAACCUCAAGCCAUUCAUGUUUCUUUUCUUUCUCUUUUUCUUUUUUUUUUCCUUCUUUUUUUUCAACAAUGCAAUCCUGAAAGCACUUUGCCUUGUUAUUCCUUUGUGUGAACAUGUGAAUGAUAAUUUGUUACAGAAAUGUUAAAUAUGUAAAAGAUCAUUCACUGUUUUGGAAAACCUGCAUCUGUCUUUCUGACAUUAAAAGGAAAAAAAAAAAAAGAUUUAGUGACAUUAAACCUGAAUCUAUUUUAUAAAAUGUUUGCUGCAGCCAAUUGGUCUUGUCAUUCAGUAUUGUGGCUUAGGGUUGUUUGUGUUCAAUAAAGUGCUAUUGCUAAAUA